AUGACUGAUUCAGGACGUGAAAUACGUGGAUUCGCGCUUUAUAUCGCUUCAAUUGCUCUAUUUGGUGAAAAGAUGAACAUCAACAACUACAAGUUGCCGAAAUCUUUCUUACAUACACCGUGUAUAGCUUGUUACGUGUUAUGGAUGAUUCUAUCUGACAGCGUACUUCAAAGCUUGGGAAUUGAAUACUAUCCAAACCGAUGGUGGGGUCUGAUCUUACCAUGGUGGACAUUAGGUCUGAUACCAUUCACUCUGAUGACCGUUACUGGCUUGAACAUGUUGGCUACACCACCGUUGGAAUCAUUGUCUACCAUAACAGAUGACUAUGCUCAACUGAUGACACGGCCUCCGCAUGAGUAUGAAGGUGGUCCGGGACUGAUGGACCUUCCAUUGACGGUUGUGAAUCGAGCUUUGAUGAAGGAAUGA